AUGUGGAUGGCUGUGGCGUUGGUGGUGGUGGCAGGGGUGGUCCUGGUGCCCCUGCUCCUGCUCUACCCGUUCCUGCCUGAUCUUCGUCAAUGGCAUCGUGUUAGACAAGUUUACAAUGCCCGAUUUGGGGCUUUUGUUCUGUGGUUUGCGUAUGAGCCCAACGUGGUCCUCACGCGCCCUGAGGACAUUAAGCAGCUGCUCACGGAUAAUGACCUCAACUACACACGGGAUAACUCGAGCUUUGCCCUCUUCAACCGGUUCAUUGGUCAGAGCAUUAUCAAUGCAAACGGCGAGGAAUGGCGCCGUCAACAUCGCAUCUUGUACAAGGCUUUCAGUCCCGAUAAACUGGUGGGCUUUCGGUCGACCUUUGCCAAUCGUGGCGAACGCCUGGCCCAUUCACUAUUGGAGCUCAGUCAAGCUGAGGGUUCGGUCAAACUGGGUCACUGGCUGGGAAAGAUGACCCUGAGCGUCAUCAUCGAGACAGCUUUUGGCAAUACGUUGCGACCUGACGAGCAAGAUCUCAUGGCCCAGGAGUUUAUCUACAUGACAAAUGAAUUCACCAAUUUCGCCCACCAGAUUCCAGUGCUGCGCCACGUCCUGACAGAUACGCAGCGAUUGGAAACAGGCUUUGAGCGACUCUAUGGCCUGGUAGACCAGGCGGUGGCGCGUCGACGAAGUGGUGAGCAGGAUGAUGGUCAAAUCAAGUUGAUCGAUCUUAUCCUAGAGGCAAAUGGUGAGGAGGAUGAUCGAUCAAGGCUGGACGAUGCAGCCAUGCGGGAUAACCUUUUGCUACUUUUGGCUGCGGGCACGGAAACCACGGCCACGACUCUGGGCUGGCUCCUCUACGAGUUGGCUGUGAACCCAAAGGUGUUUCGUCCGGCUCGGUUUGCGCCGGGCGGUGAGGUGGAGCAAAACCCGUUUCAGUACUUUCCCUUUGGCAAGGGUCGUCGAUAUUGUCUGGGCAAAUACUUUGCCAUUGCAGAACUGCAGGUGGUGGUGUCACACUUACUUCGACGAUUGGACAUGGAGUACCUUGGAGAUCGCGCCACGAUGCGCGUUGUCUACAAACCACCUGUGCUACACGCCUCGGAUGACCUCCCGAUGCGGUUUUUUGCUCGCCGCACUUCUCGUCGUGGCAGCAAGCUCGUGGAAGCCGUGUAG